GGCAGGCCUCUCCGCAGUCGAGCUGGUAAUCAGUGUCGUUUCCGCGGCAGUAGUGGCCACCACGCGGCAAGAUUACGCAGAUUACGAUACACCCCCCGCGCGUAUCCGUCGGUCGUGACGCGACUGUGACAGUGCGAGACUUCGAUCACCCUCUUCUCCCUGAUAAUCCACGGAUUUCUGACCAACCGCCUCCUUUGUCCUGGCUGACGGUGCACCCGGGCUUAGCGAAUCAACAGAGAUCGGCGCGUAACCCUUGAUCGGUUAUCCGGGAACGACAGGGUCUAUAUGCGAGUGACUAUCGGGGGAUCAGAAUAAUGUUGAGUGCCUGACACGAGAGACCAGAAGAAGCCGUGGACCGUCAUGUUGAUCUCGUAAAGAAACUGCUUUGACUUUAAUGGGGGGAUCCGCUCGUGCCGGCUCGGUCGUUCCGCGGCGACGCGGCGGAUUCCGAGAAUAACGGGCCCCCGGAAUCACCCGGGAUGGCAGUCCGUGAACAGAGCCAAGAUCCGCGAUGACGGUUCCCCGAUGCAAAAAUAGAGAACGAUGACCGCGUUACGGUACUAGGUAGUGGCGUAGACACAGCGACAAAGUGUACAUUAUGAAGUGAACAACCACCCCCAUCCCGGUGAAGGUCUUGCUUUGUACAUACGUACUCGAUUUGCUACCCUGGAACGCUGACUCGUCUAGCAUUGUGGGGGGGAAAAAAACGUGGAAAGGCAUGAGCAGCAACGAGGGCGUGGUGACAGGCCGGGGCACCGGGAACGACAGGCUCUGCGAGGACGUCGACAUGGCAACCCCGACGUCGGCAUCGUCGAAUCUGAAACCGCGAAGCGGCAAGAUCAGCUUCAGCGUGGACUCGCUGCUGAGCGACAUGAAGAAGACAGCCGUGACCGGCGGCGCGUUCGCCAGACGCGAGACAGAGGAUAGGACAGAGUCGGAAAAGUGCCUGGACAUGGAGGCCAGGUACCAGCUGCUGAUGGAGCAGCAGAGACUACAGAGCAGAGAGCUCCUGGCCAGGCUGAGCCCCCACGGUCUGGCGUUCACCAAUCAUCAUCAUCACCCGCCGAGCAGGCUGGACCAGGAUCACCCGUCGGCUGGCCGGCAGGAGAUCCUCACUGUGAAGGACUUCUCGAGGACUACCAGCCACGACAAAUCCUCGUCACCGAUCAGAAUGGACCAGGAAGCGCAGAGGGAUCGGGACGAUCGACGGUUGUCGAGCAGCUCGCCGAGCAACAGGAUCCCCGAGUCUAUGAUCCAGAGGGAACGCGGCCAGGAGGAGGACGAGAGGAUCGACAGGAUCGGGAACCCGCGAUCCGUGUCGCCGGUCACCAGACGAGAUAUCAUGGACGAUAGAAGCGACUCGGAGGCGAAUCGUUCGCUCGAGGGCGACAGGACCGAUCAUCUGGACCUCGAGGAUCAAGAGAUCAGAAGCGUGGGCCAUUCGGAGGAUCUGAACGUGAUGGACUCGGACUGCGAGCUAGAGAGAGACCUGGACAGUAGCCAAGAGAAGGAGGAGAAGUCCAGUCCCGUAGUGCCUCAGCCGAUUCAUCCCGGGGUACAAAGGCCCUCUCAGGGUCCCCCUUACCUAACCGGGGCACCCGGUGCUCCCGGAUGGAAUCCCGCGGGAUUUCCGCAUUCUCUCGCGGGGUUCGCGUGGCUACCCCCACCCCCGCAUCCCCACAAUCCUCACGGGCAUCUCUACACGCCGCACGGAGGACCCACCAGUCCAAACGGCGAUCUGAGACUGCCUGGGCCUGGACCAGGACCGGUCAGGUGCACCCUCAGGAAGCACAAGCCGAAUCGCAAGCCGAGGACACCGUUCACCACGCAACAGCUGCUCUCUCUCGAGAAAAAGUUUCGCGAAAAGCAGUACCUGACCAUCGCCGAAAGGGCCGAGUUCUCCUCCUCCCUCCACCUCACGGAAACGCAGGUGAAAAUCUGGUUCCAGAACAGGAGGGCGAAGGCGAAGCGGUUGCAGGAGGCGGAAAUCGAGAAGCUCAGGCUGUCCGCGAGGCCGCUGCUGCACCCGAGUUUCGGCUCGGGCCUCAUGUUCUCCGGAGUGGGGCCCCCUGGAACACCUGGAGUGCCUCCCUUCAUCGCGGCGGCCAUGGCUAGGCACACCGCGGCAGCCAUGUUCAUGGGGCCCCCUGGACACAGGCCUUAAUAAGGCAGACUCGAGCCGAAGCGAGCUCGAGUCGCUCGCAUCCUGGCCAGCCUAUCUCUUCACCCCGGACGAACGCGUCGCCUGAUCCCUAAGUCCACUUUGGAUCCCCAACAAUGAUCCACCGGAUCUUGGACAACCGACCAAAGACCACUUCACCGCGAUGAUGGGCUUUGAGGUUUGCAACAGUGAAAACAGCACCUCUGUGCCGAUGAACACUAGGGAAUGGUCGCACAGUGUCUCACGAUCCAUCAAAAAAUUACUCUCUAAUAGAUCACAACGGUACCACGAAUAAAUUUUCCUCCGUGUUGCUUUUCGCCCUCUUUUGACACUCGCGUUGAUUCAGUAGAAAAGGAUCGUCGAACGCUGUGCGUCGAACGACCAUCAUCGUCUGGGAUUCCAAAGCAAAAGAGGCAGCAUUUAGAAGGCAUUUCAAGGCGUUGAUCUCAAGGGGAACCGUCGUAACCGAUGUACAUAUUGUAAAUAGACGCCUUAACGCGAGUAGAUCGUAAAUGUACCUAUGUAUAUACGCGUGUACAGGACGUUCGAUUUCCGUGCGUGCAAAAGUCUGAUCCGCGACGAUCGACGGGAUCAAAAAACUGAAUUAUCGAGGCAUCCUGAUCGACGCGUUCCUACGGGGAAGGAUCGACGAUCUUCUACAAUUCCGCUUCGAGAUCGUUCCGCGGCUCAAAGUUUCGCCUUUCGAUACGACGCCGGAUGCUAAAAAGUCGGAUAGUCUUAUUUUAAGCGUACGAAUAUGAAAGUCAAAGAAACCUGUAUAUAAGUGUGCAUGUGUGUGUCCCGGGCGAAGAGAAAUGUAAAUUCUGUACUUAUGUGCGCCCCGCGAUCGAUCGAGACGGUGGUACGCCGCCAGAGUGAAGCUAACGCUGCAAACGAGCUCCCGGAUGUACCUAAGCGACCCUGUAUAAAUGUAACAUGAUAUAAUUUAUCCAUGGAAGUA